UUCCCUAAAGACUUUAUUGAUCUUGUGGGAAUAAUUGACUUUAUGGAAAUGAUUAUCUUAAUCCUGGCAUGUUUUACCAUCGUGGUGUGUGCAGUACCAGUCCCUUCGCGUGUCCUUCCUCCCUUGCUUUCUCAAGGAGGGGUCACUCAAGCUCAAAGAGUUGUUGAAGCCACAAACCAGCUGCCUGACGCUCAGACGUCGGGCCCUGGGGGCCCUCAGCAGCCACAGCCCGGGGUCCCUCAGCAGCCACAGCCCAGGGGCCCUCAGCAGCCACAGCCCGGGGGCCCUCAGCAGCCACAGCCCGGGGUCCCUCAGCAGCCACAGCCCGGGGUCCCUCAGCAGCCACAGCCCGGGGGCCCUCAGCAGCAGGGUUCCAUGGGAGGGGGCCAGCUGCUGCCUCCCACGCAACAUUAUACAUGGCCUCCACUAGGGGGCAGUCCAAUAAACCUUCGUCUGCAGCCAAGCUUUGACGGAUCCCAGCCUGCUAACCAGCCAAUACUUCCACAGCAGCCUCUGGUUGUUCUUUUCUUCCAGAUUCUCUCUCCUUAUAGAUACAUCCCACUUUUCUCAUCUCCCUAUGGGAAUCAACUGUUCUCCCCAAAUGGAUUCCCACUGAUCCUUGAUUCACCUCUUCCACAAACGCCAGCAAAUCCACCACCGAACAGUCCGGGGGCACCUGCAGAUCCUCCUUCUGCAGAUCCUCCUUCUGGAGCUGCUCCUCAGCAAGUGCAGCAACAACAGAAUCCCCACAUUGUGUUCAUGCUCCAGCAUCCCAAGGCCGCUCCGCUUGGCAGUCUUAGCUCAGAGGAGCUUCAGAUGGCAGCUAGAUUGGGCCAGCUGGGUGUCUACCUGACCACUAUGCUCACAAACUCGCCUGCAGGAACAGUUCAGCCUGUGAGCCAGGCUGCUGGGCUCGUAAACCCAGAGCAGCAAAGCGCUGGGCCGACGUUGGGGGCCUCCUUGGCUGGCGUCCAACCGACACAGGGGCCAGUCAGCUCUGGACCACAGCUGAGCACCAACAGGUUCCCUUCGGGUGUGGAGGCGACUGUGAAAGCCCCCAUUCAAGAACCGCUGGUCUGUGACUGCAGCAACCGCCAGAGAGAACAGACAACACUCUGAGAAGUCUUUUUGGAGCCUUUUUAAUAACCAUAAUAAAGAUUAAUCCUGAA